AUGCCCGCGAUCCGCCAUGCUUCGAAGAGAAAACCCCCGCCGGAGGGCUUCAGCGAUCUCGAAGAUGACCUUCUGAUCUUCGCCAACAAGAUGAAGGAUGCUCAGAACAAGCCUUCAACAGGACCCAAGCACCAAGCUCAAUGGGAGGUCUUUCAGAUUUCCCAUCAGCGCAGCCGCUACGUCUACGAGCUGUAUUACGAGAAGGAGGCGAUCAGCAAGCAACUUUACGAUUGGUUAUUGAAGAAUGGAUAUGCCGAUGCGAUGCUCAUUGCCAAGUGGAAGAAGCAGGGCUACGAAAAGCUAUGCUGUCUUCGCUGUGUCCAAACGAAAGAGACGAACUUCAACAGCACCUGCAUAUGCCGAGUCCCUCGAGCGCAGAUGAAGGAGGGCCACGAUGUCCAGUGUGUUAGCUGUGGCUGCCGAGGGUGCGCAUCGACUGACUGA